UACAGAUUAUAAAUUGAUUGUAAAUAAAAUAAUGUUUGAAUUUCAACAUUUAUGGUGGCUUAUUUGUUCAAUUAUAAUUAUAGUACAUCCAUGGAUUGUUUAUCCAGAUGACGGUGGAGGAUUACGUUUACUAGAAAUGUCUGUUCCCUCAUUAGCCGAUCCACGUGAUCCCUUACGAUUAAGUUGCCAUUUUACAAUGGGUGGUGAAGAAUUAAAUUCUGUGAAAUGGUAUAAAGAUGAAGAAGAAUUCUUUCGUUAUAUGCCAUUACAGAAUCCAGCAAUAUUAACAUUCCCCGUGGCAGGAGUUCAUUUACGACCUGUAAUCCCAUCAUCCCAUAGUCAUAAUAUUUAUUAUAGCAAUAAUUAUAAUAGCAAUAAUAAUUAUCAUCGUAAUGGCGUUAUUGGGGAUGAUAAAGCUCAAUUAUAUUGUUCAAAAUCACAUUGUACGAUUGAGUUGGUGAAUUUAACGCGUGUACACAGUAGUGGCGCGUAUAAAUGUGAAAUUUCUAGUGAGGGACCAACAUUUCGGGUGGUUUUUAGUACAACGAAUGUAACGGUAGCAGCAAUACCAAAAGAACGGCCUCGAGUCACUGGUUUAAAGGCUGUGUAUCAUCCUGGCGAUAUUAUUAAUGUGUCGUGUAUGAGUAGUCCAUCAGAGCCACCCAGUACGAUAUCAUUUUUGAUUAAUGGUAAACCACCACCGCAAUCAGGUGCGGUGAGUGAGACAAUCCAUAGUCAUCCCGAUCAGGAUGGAUUGGUAGCGAGCUCAGCAACAAUGAAGAUACCAGCUGAGAAAUCCUUAUUUUUAGGACCAUCGUCAGCAAUGGAACUGCGUUGCGUAUCACAAAUACCUGCUGUACCACAAAUCCCCCCACAUCAUACAGCACUGACCACAAUUUUUAAAUCACCACAUUCAUAUUUGAGUAAUCAAACUUGGAUGGAAUGGUCGAAAAAUUCAGGUUCAAGAAAUUCUCAUAUAUUUUCAUUAUAUUUAAUAUCGUAUUUAAUGUUGCAAAUUUUUUAA